AUGAGCAAAAUCACCGCGCCACGCGAAUCUUUUCCGAAGCAGAAUACAUAUCGACGUGAUGCUUCCGGUCGGCAGCAAUCCGCUGUUGAUGCGGUGGUCGAGCAGCUAUAUUUUCCGGGGCUGUUCCUACCACCGCUUGGAUACAGGGAAGACACAGCGUCGAAAAAGGGGGGGCGUAUAUGCGACAUAGUGGCCUCUCCGGUUUCUUAUUACGUGAAUGGAUUCAUCCAAUAUAUCGUGAGCGAUGACGAUUUGCUGUCGCAGUAUCUCGAUAUGCUAUGCGUCAAUAAAUAUGAGGAUCCUUCGUUGUUAAAAAAAUUAGCACCUUGCACCGACUACGCAGUGACUACUCAUCACUACGACUUACAGUCAUCAGCAAGCUUUUAUAACGAUGGGAAGGAUAUUAAAUCUUCCCAAUUCUUGUCAUCUGGGUCACCGUCUCGGUGUGACCCCAAUGCCACCACUCCCCGCACUUCAUAUCUAUGCGGGAAUCCACCCGGUGGAACAGUAAAUGGUUCUACCCCUGAGGUCGCAGCGUAUCGGGACUCUGAAUGUGCCGGUAAUUUUGCGACCAAUGACAUCAUCAAGACGGAACCCGUGUAUGAAGCCACUACCGACGGUCGUGCAGAUCAGAAUUCUGAAACUUGUACGCCUAAAAGGAUCCCCCCACCAGCUGGCUAUUCGCAGGGUACAAACUCGCGUGCGUCGGUAGGUGGGUCUGCCGAUAACUCGCGCUACACGAUAUCCAAGCACUAUCGCAGCGUUUUCAUCGAUGUGAUGAAGCUUAUCGUUGAUGCUCCUGCAUUGGGUUCGGACCUGAUGACUGCGCCUGACGUGCUAUUGCGUUUGUUGGACUUGCGCAUUCUGCCGCUGCUUUACGAAUUGUUAGAGAAGCUGAUUGAGGAGGGCUGCCACCCCGACCCAGUUGCCAUUGUGGAAACCUUCCAUGAAAAAUACGAUAUCGAGUCCUUGUGCAAGGAUUCACAAUCCGUCUCGAAGUAUUUAGAUCGCACGUUGAAUGACUUGCACUGCAAGAACACUCUCGAAUUACCCGAGACAAAACGUAUUUCGAAGAAUCUCCAGUUCACAACUCGGUUGCGUAACAUCCCGCCAAUCGCGUCCGUGUGGAAGAACAGGGUAGACCAUAUAAGGGAAGAGGAUGUGGGAGGCCUGGUGACAUUGGUAUGUACUGUGACCAGGGUGGGCAUCAUUUCCGUCCUCGAUGAGGAACGGGAGUACAGGUGCGUACGUUGCCACCAAAGCGUCUUGGCUCGAGCGGUUCCUGAGCUUCACUAUUUCAUUGUAGCUCCAUCCAAAUGCCCGCACUAUUUGGAAACAACGAAAGGAGCGUUCCGGCCGAGGUGUUUCGGGGACACUUUUGUCCAGGGCGUUGCCGUAAAGCGAGCUGACCUGCAGGAGAUACGAUGCCAAUCUAUAUCAGAGGAUUCACGGAUAAACUCCAUUGGUGUCGCCAUACCGGUGGUAUUACGGCGCGAUAUCACUGGAACAUGCGUGCCCGGCGACACCAUCCACCUGAUAGGCAUGGUUAAACGUCGCUGGAGAACCCUCCGCAGCGGAAGGAAGUGUGUGUCCCAGAUAUUUGUGGAUGCCCUCAACCUAGACGUGAUCAAUUUGCACAAGCCUCCGCCACUGAACCCUAUUACAACGAUUGAGGACAGCAUAUAUUCACCAUUCUGGGCGAAGUAUCGUAAAGACGAAGUUGCGGGCAGGAACAUCCUGCUCAAGUCGAUUUGCACCACCAUGGCGGGCGUGGAUAACGCAAAGUUGGGCCUCUUGCUUACCGUGAUAGGAGGGUUCCCCGUCCAUACAACACCAUUUGAAGAGGAAACGCAUGUUAAUCGCUGGGCCAAGUUUUCCGGAGACCGUUCCUUUGGGGAUACAUCUCCUCAAAGGACAUCUCCGGGCCUUUCCCCCACCUACGAUUCUAAAGCAACGCGGCUAAAUCGCACGCAGUGUCACAUCCUGUUCUUGGGUCACCCUGGUACCGGAAAGUCGCAGUUCUUGAGAUUUGCGAAGAGCCUUGUGGACCGCCACGUUUCCGUCUCUGGCACGCACUGUACAUCAGCCGGUCUCACUUGCACUGUGGUGCGCGACUGCGGCCAUACCAUGCUUGCCGCUGGUGCACUGGUGCUCGCUGAUGGUGGACUGUGCUGCGUCGACGAGUUUUCGCUCAUCCACCCUGACGACAAGGCGUGCCUGCACGAGGCCAUGGAACAGCAGGUGAUAUCGGUGGCCAAAGUUGGCAUAAAGUGUUCCCUCAACUGUCGGUGCAGUGUCAUCGCUGCGUCAAACUUUAAAAUGCAGAUGAUUCGGAGGUAUGUGAACAGAGAUGACUCACAGGGUGGGACGCAUUCUAGUCAUCCGCUGCUCUCCGUAGAUGUACCCAUUCCUUUGUUAUCCAGGUUUGAUUUGGUAAUGGUGUUCACUGAAAAUCCAUUGAACGACUCUGAAUUGGUUGACUUCUUGUUGGACACUUGUGAGGCCCCGAUCCGCGAUGCUAAGUCGAGGGCGCUUCGUAGUUUGAAGGGUACCGCGAGCGUCCCAGGCGACUCAUCGACGUGCGGUGACUAUGACUGUGAAAUGGUCGACGAUUUUGAUGAGGAAGAUAUAUCGGAAGAGGAGACCGAUGAGGCCGACAUGGCCACCGAUGGAACACAGCCGCGAGCCGGGUCUCAGCGCAACCUUCGCAAAGACGUGAAGUUGGAAGAAACCGACGGAGAGCGGCCUUUCAAUUGGAAUGCGAACGGUGCGAUGAAGGAAUACAUUGAGUACAUUCGGGCCCACCUGUUCCCCACCCUGACGGUGGCCGCUAGAAGGGUCAUCCACGCCUACUAUGUGGUGUCGCGCCAGCAGGCUUUGGACAGCGGCUCGCACGGCGGUCCUACGAUCCGUACUGUGGAGAGUCUGCUCCGUCUGUCGCAGGCGCACGCUCGGCUAAUGUUCAGGGAUCAUGUGUCCAUCUUCGACGCCGUAUCCGCGAUAUGGAUCGGCGAGUUUGGGUUGCAUGGAUACAAGGUGGGGGCUUACAGCGGCCAGGAGCAGCUUGUUGAACGCGAGGGCCUGUUUGAGGACAUAGGCGCCCUGCUGGAUCUGUUUGGUCGACAGCAGGGCUCGUCUGGUUCACCUAACGACUUCAAGAUGGGUAACGGCAUCGUGUCCAUGGAAAUGUAUAACUUUUUCGAGAAGAUUCUGCUAGAAAGGCUGGGAUUGACCAACGUAGCCAAUGAAGCCGAAGUUAAGUCAGAAGCCAAUUACGACUCCGACUACGACACGGCUUGGUGA